GGAAGCUUAACAGGACACCACACUCAAGAAAAGUAUAAGAAAUACAUAGAUCAGCAGGUAUUGUAUCCAAGUACCCACCUGUUACACUCAUAUCUAUGCUUGUCGCAUACGUUUCAGAUCGAAAAAUAUGAUGCAUUACACAAAUUCCGAGAACCAGCGGCUCCUCCAAGUCAAGCGAUGAAAGAGGCUCGACAUAGCAUAUUAAUUCUCUAUAGGAAAUUAAGGGAAGGCAUCAUGUCGUCUAAACGUGUUGACGCAUUUGCCACCCAAGUGUGUGAAGAAUCAACUCUUAUCUGCAUCAUAUUUGGGGAGAACCUUCAGGCUUCGCAUUUGCUUGCGCAACUUGUGAACACCGUCUACUCGCAGCCCAUCUCAUCCCCUAAGGCCUCCAAGGCAAAGGAGAGUGGGGGGACGGUCGCCAAAACACAAUAUCAGGACAGCAUCAUUGCGUUAUACCUGCUAGACUUGCUAGUUUCCAAUUUCUCUGCGCAAGGACCGUUCAUAUCCAUGAUCAAGGAUUCCCUUUUGAAAACAUGCACGGGUGGACAGCUGCUUCUGUAUUUCGAGACUCUCUCAUUACGCAUUCGUCGGUUCGAGUAUGUUCAAGUGCAUCAGCUACUUCAGCCAUCGCGCCUACCCAUAAAAUUCGAUGAUCCGCGGACCAUAGAUCGGAAGAAACACGGCACAGCUCUAGAUCCCUAUUUCCCAUACAUUUGCCAGCUUGCUUUGUCAAAGUCUAUUGUUGGUCUCAGAAACACAUUGCGAGAACAUUCAUGGAGCGUCCUCCGACAUUCAUAUCGCGACUUCUCCCUUCUGGCUUCUUCCUCAGGGAACGGAGACGUUACCGACUCGACAGGCGAGGUUUUGCGCUCAACUGAAGAAUGGUUGUCUAGGCGACUGUUUCUUACCGGUGAUGUGCACGAAUGGUUCAGUGCACGACCAAACAACGAGGUGAUUUGCGAGAACGUCGGAACCAAUAUCGCCAAAUGGAAGCUUGCACAGGCCCGCAAAUGAUAUUUCGCUACUAAUUCGUGCAUUGCUACACACGAAACUUUGCCUCAUCGAUGGAGCUUCGUGCUGCGAGGCUCCAACGUGCUGGCCCUCUAGUUUCAGUAACUUUGUGCAUGACGGCAGCGUAGCAUCGCAUUUCGACCUGUACAUGUGUGCCAAAGAGGAAGUAAAGUGUAUCAUGUAUCUCCGCCUCGGACAAUCCGCACAACUUAUUAUAGUUCAUGGUGUACUUCUCUA